UAGCGAUGUUUGGCCUCUUUCACCGCUCUGCGGACGUUGUAUGAUGCAACCUUGUAGUCCUCCAUGUUCCCAGAGGCAAGGCCGGAGUUGUAGGCCUUCAGUUUCUAGCUUCAAACCCAUGAUCUUUUGUCUGUAUAAUAACAAUAACUUUUUAUUUUAUUUAUUUAUUUUUUUAAAUUUAUGAGCAGAAACAACUGUGUGAAACUGAGUGUUUAGAGCAGUCUGAGCUUUUGGCUCACAGGGAUUACUUUUACAUACACUGAGCUCAUUCUUUGAACCUUUGGUCGUGUUUAACAUGAACAUCCACCACUGGAACAGGAACAUUACCAUAAAGCUUAGAGUAGAAGCGCAAGAAAAUUUAAGCGGCAACUGAUCUGCGGCUCAGAAUUGACGGCUCACUUGACCGCAGUACUUUGACUGCACAGCGUUUCCUGCCGUGUGACGCAGUGAUACACUCACCUGUGCAGGUCUCCCUCUGCAUCUUCUCCCUAUCUGUCCCACCAAUCCGCGCUUUUCCCCGCACAUCGCAGGCGAAGAAAAGAAACACGGUUUACCUCGGAUGUCAGCGAUCAGGUCCUCUGCCUGCACAAUAAUGUUAACCUGUCACUGUAAAAAGUGCUGACUGAUACUUUUGACUUCUGAUCAAUGUGUCAUUGGCAAUGGGGGAAAACGGGUUAACGCACAGGUCUUGAGCUGCCGGCAUCUAUUGCAGUGCAUUGUGGGGUUUGUAGUAUAAGCGAUGGGAGGGCUAUUAAUAACAGCCACAUGAAAUUAUUUCCUUAUAGGGGCCUUUAGUUUGACACGUGCUGUAAGUGAUGCUCUGACAGCCUGAAGGACGAUCCAAACUAAUAACUCUGUGAUUCAUUUAAUCUGUUACUCUGUCAAACUUUAAUAAUCUUCCCUGCUGCUUCUUCGCUCCUCCUGCUCUCCACCUGUGUGGGCGUGGUCUUCAGAGCGUCCUUCAGGUGCGGCUGCUCCUCCUCUUGUCUGCUUUUCAACCAGGACGCUCUGUGCAAGCGUUUAGCCAUUAAGAUUUUGCCUUUUUCCAUUUUCCAAAAAGAUAAAAUAGGUGAUGAUUGAACGGAAGCACUGAUCAGGUUUACUGAGAAACAUUCAGUGCUGAGCCACCGCCUCUCAGAGGCGGAGCAACACCUGAAAAGCGAGUUUCAGCGUCAGAGUCCAGAAGUGAAACUGAAAGUGAGAGCUGCAAACUGUGUUUGUCUUCAAAGGAGCAUCAAACUGAGCUCAUCCAGCCUUUCUCAACAGCACAGCAGAGCUUCUGUCCAACACUGAGUGCAGACAUGUCUGCUGCCAGCUGUCUUCUAUCUGAAGAUCAGUUUAUGUGCUCCAUCUGUCUGGAUGUGUUCACUGAUCCAGUCACCACACCAUGUGGACACAACUUCUGCAAAACAUGCAUCACUCAGUACUGGGACGAUAAAUUUCCAUACAGGUGUCCUCUGUGUAAGAAGGAGUUCUACACCAGACCUGAGCUGCACAUCAACACUUUCAUCUCUGAGAUGGUUGCUCAGUUCAGACGUGAAGCUCAGCAGAAAGCCAGCAGCAGCAGCUCAGAGCAACAAGCUGCCAAACCAGGAGAAGUUCCCUGUGACGUCUGCACUGGAACCAAACUGAAGGCCCUGAAGUCCUGCCUGGUGUGUCUGACCUCCUACUGUCACACUCACCUGGAGCCUCAUCUGACAAUGAAAGGUCUGAAAAGACAUCAGCUGACUGAUCCUGAGGAGAACCUGGAAGGCAGGAUGUGUAUGAAGCACGAUAAACCUCUGGAGCUGUUCUGUAAGACCGACCAGACAUGUGUCUGUGUGCUCUGCUCUGUUGUAGACCACAAGACUCAUGAGUUUGUUCCUCUGAGAGAAGAAUAUGAAGGAAAGAAGGCAGAACUGGGGAAGACUGAGGCUGAAAUUCAACAGAUGAUCCAGAAGAGACGACUGAAGAUUGAGGAGAUCAAAGAGUCGGUGAAGAUGAGUAAAGAUGCUGCAGACAGAGAGAAAGCAGAAGGUGUUCAGGUCUUCACUGCUCUGAAGAAGUCUGUUGACAGAGGCCUGAACGAGCUCAUAAAGCAGAUCAAAGACAAACAGGAAACAACAAAGAAACAGGCUGAAGGUUUCAUCAAAGAUCUGGAACAGGAAAUCUCUGAGCUGAUGAAGAGAAGCUCUGAGGUGGAGCAGCUCUCACGCUCUAAAGACCACCUCCACCUCCUCCAGAGCUUCUCAUCUCUGAAAGAUGCUCCACCCACCAAGGACUGGACAGAGGUCAGUAUCCACCCACCAUCAUAUGAGGGGACUGUGGUGAGAGCUGUGAUGAGAGCUGUGGAUCAGCUGAAGGAGACACUCAGGAAAGACAUGAAGAAGCUGUUUGAGGCUGAUCUGAAGAGGGUCCAGCAGUAUGCAGUGGAUGUGACUCUUGAUCCUGAUACAGCAAAUCCUUAUCUCAUCCUGUCUGAUGAUGGAAAACAAGUUCACUUUGGUGAUGAGAAGAAGAAUCUUCCAGACAACCCAGAGAGAUUUUCUGAACAUGCUCUUGUUUUAGGAAAUCAGAGUUUCUUUUCAGGCAGAUUUUACUUUGAGGUUCAGGUUAAAGAAAAGACCGGCUGGGCUUUAGGAGUUGUCGGAGAGUCAGUCAACAGGAAGGAGGUCAUCACAGGGAGUACUGAGAAUGGUUACUGGACUGUAGUGGUAUAUGAAAAUAUUUGUGAAGCUUCUGAUGAUCCUCCAGUCCGUCUCUCUCUUCAGUCUGAUCCUGAGAAGGUGGGGGUGUUUGUGGAUUAUGAGGAGGGUCUGGUCUCCUUUUAUGAUGUAGGUGAUGCAGCUCUUAUCUACUCCUUUACUGGCUGCUCCUUCACUGAGAAACUCCACCCAUUCUUCUGUCCUGGAGUUAAUGAUGGUGGUAAAAACGCUGCACCUCUGAUCAUCUGUCCUAUCAAUCAAUCAGUCUGAUCUGUUUCCAUGGUGAAAUUGGAUUAAUUACAGAUUAAUCUCAACAUUUUUUUUUUUUUUUUUUUAGCCUGUCAUGUCUGGCAUCUUUCACAAUCGGAAUGAUGAUCCGA